CCUCUUCAAACAGCCAUGUGUUACUACGUAGCCAUACAGAAAUGGCUUUUGGAGGGAAAAGGUGCAAGCUUGACAUCAGGGGGACUACAAAUGAACGAUGACCUCAGGAACCUGUCCCUGUCCGGCCACGUGGGCUUCGACAGCCUCCCGGACCAGCUGGUCAACAAGUCAACGUCGCAGGGCUUCUGCUUCAACAUCCUGUGCGUGGGUGAAACUGGCAUCGGCAAGUCGACGCUGAUGGACACUCUGUUCAACACCAAGUUCGAGAGCGAGCCUGCCACGCACAACGAGCCCGGCGUGAGGUUGAAAGCCCGGAGUUACGAGCUCCAGGAGAGCAACGUCCGUCUGAAGCUGACCAUUGUGGACACGGUGGGCUUUGGCGAUCAGAUCAACAAGGAUGACAGCUACAAGCCUAUAGUAGAGUACAUCGAUGCGCAGUUCGAAGCCUACCUGCAGGAAGAGCUGAAGAUCAAGCGAUCCCUGUUCAACUACCACGACACGCGGAUCCACGCCUGCCUGUAUUUCAUUGCUCCCACCGGACACUCGCUCAAGUCCCUGGACUUGGUCACCAUGAAGAAGCUCGACAGUAAGGUGAACAUCAUCCCCAUCAUUGCCAAGGCUGACACCAUUGCAAAGAACGAGUUGCACAAGUUCAAGAGUAAAAUCAUGAGCGAGCUGGUCAGCAACGGUGUCCAGAUCUACCAGUUCCCGACAGACGAGGAGACUGUGGCCGAGAUCAACGCCACCAUGAGUGUCCACCUUCCUUUUGCCGUGGUUGGCAGCACCGAAGAAGUGAAGAUCGGCAACAAGAUGGCGAAAGCCAGGCAGUACCCCUGGGGUGUCGUGCAGGUUGAAAAUGAAAACCACUGUGAUUUUGUGAAGCUGCGGGAGAUGCUGAUCCGAGUGAACAUGGAGGACUUGAGGGAGCAGACGCACACCCGGCACUACGAGCUGUACAGGCGCUGCAAGCUGGAAGAGAUGGGAUUCAAGGACACGGAUCCGGACAGCAAGCCUUUCAGUCUCCAAGAGACUUACGAAGCAAAGAGGAAUGAAUUCCUGGGCGAGCUCCAGAAGAAGGAGGACGAAAUGAGGCAGAUGUUUGUCAUGCGAGUGAAGGAGAAGGAGGCAGAGUUGAAGGAAGCAGAGAAGGAUCUUCACGAAAAGUUUGACCAUCUAAAGAGGACUCACCAAGAAGAGAAGAAAAAGGUGGAAGACAAAAAGAAGGAACUUGAGGAAGAGCUGAACAACUUUCAGAAGAAAAAGGCAGCAGCUCAGCUAUUACAGUCACAGGCUCAGCAGGCAGGUUCUCAACAAACCAAGAAAGACAAGGACAAGAAAAACUUCUUCUUUAUGUAACCGUCACCUUGCCAAAGCCCCCAGACCCCCUCUCCCAGUGGACCAUAGGGCACUGGAAGAGCUGCGGACGCGGGCACCCCUGCCAGGAGAAGAGCCAUCUCAUUCCUCCAUCACGUCUGCCCUCCUCUCCUCCCCCCUCUGUUCCCACCCGUGCGUCUGAGGGUGUGCUGUGCUGUGUGUCUGUGCGGGAUCUGCCCGCCCCCGGCGCGGCUCCGACAGCGUCCAGGCUUCCAGCACUGCCAGAGGGAACGGCUGCCGCAGGGAGCUCGGCCACGCUCUGACUCGUUGCUCUGGGUUCGUCGGAGUUUUUUGCCUCCCUCCCCGUUUUUUUCUGCCAUAGCAUGCACACGCUGCUGGUGACACACAGAAUGACAGACUGGGGGUCAGUGUGUGUAGCUGGAGGAUUUAGUUUCUGCCUCAAGCCUGGCUGCUUUGGACACCACAGCUUCGUCUCAAGGGCAUCCUGCGUUCCUCUGGCGUGGCUGGAAAUCUCUCCAUAGACAUGGUGACGUUCUCAGUGUGUCGCUGUGUGAAGUUGGAUGUCGCAUCCUGUGGCACUGAUGGAGCCUGUCCUGGAUGGUCAAGGCCUUAUUUUCUGGCUGUGCCUCGCUAUGGGCAGAGCAGGAUUCUGGUUUUCUACAGCUGAGCUGCACUGCCCCUGUACUUAGAUCGAGGACUUCAUUUUGUUUUCAUGAAGCCUAAUUAGUGAUUAUUUUUUUAACAGUCCUGAAUGUGGGCAAGUUGUUAAAAAUUUCUACCUUGUUUACUUUGGAAGUGAACUCAUUUGAAAAGCUUGAGAAGUGCCAAAGGAUUGCUUGAAGGUAAAACCAAAACCUGUAAAUGUGUGCAGUGACCUCCAGCUGGUUUGGGAUGGAUGGAAGGAGGCAGCCUGAGCCUCUUGGGACGUUGUUUUGUGUAGAGUGAUGCACUUUUAUUUUUAACCGAACACUAGUGAUUUAUUCUUUGCAUCUGUGAACCUUAAUCAAGGAAUUUAACCUGCUGAGGUACAGCUACCCUGAGUUGGUGUAGGUUUGGCCUCUGGCAAUCGGUGGGUGACGUGGCAGCUGCUGAGGGGCUCUGCUGAAAUCUGCUGGGGUUUUUUUUUCAGAAGCACACUAUUUUGCAGCACUCUUCAGUGACAAGGUUCACCUCCCCACAGCCAGGUGGAAGGAAAACUGCUUGUCCUGGAAACCUUUGCAACCAAAGAAGUGACUUUAUAGAUACAUUCAGAAAGGUUAUUGAGUGUUGGCCUCACGUGUUCUGUACCCGUUUGCCUGGUACGUAGCUGGACUUGCUGGCUGUUGCCCAGCCUGAAGGGCUGUGUGUAUUUGCACGAGUGUAGCUUGGGACAGCAUUUGCAGUGAUACCAAAACCAGAGCCUGCCCCUCCCUUGAGGCUGCAGGGGCCUCAGGUGGAACCCAGUGCCUCCCACCAGGUGGCCAGGUCUGAAACGUUCUCAGUUCAGCCUUCCGAGCACAAAGCAGGGCUGAGGCCAUCGCUGGAUUAAACCUUGGCUGUGUCUAUCCCUCUCUUGCUCUGCAGAACUCUGUGAGUGUUCGUCUUAACUGGGAACCACCACUUGCAGGAUGGGAUCCUUGCAUGCCCUGGACCACCCAUCCCUACCAAAAAGCCAUGGCUUGAGCUGCACAUUUUCAGAAAAGCAUAGUGAGGAACCAUGCAGCCUGGAAAUAGGGACUAACCAUGCAGCCAAGGGCUGCUGGGGCUCAGGGAAUGCUGGUGCUCGAGCCCCCCUGUGCCUCAUGCAGGCCAGUGUCCCCCUGGCCCGGGGUUCUCUGCACACAGAGGUGGUCACUGCUGACUGAGAACGUGCCUUGCCCAUUAAAUGCCCAGCUUAGUCUGUCGUGUCUUCCGGUGGUGGCACCUGUGCCAGUCUGCAGUGUCAGUGACCGCUGCUGGGGGCCCAAGGGCCUUGGCUCUGGGCUCUGCAGCCGUGGUAGCCCGCAGCUUGCCCAGGUGCCCCGCUGGCUACUUGCCCAGCAGCCACCCCAGCCACUGGAUGACUCCUACAGGCUUCUGUUUUAGGGAGGGAAUCCCCUCCUUAUCUUCCCCUCAGUCCUUGAAGCUUUUUGCUGUUGUUGCUCCUAAACUCCAAAUGGAAUUAUUUUAAAAGCUUAAUAUCAAGAGAAGCAGAUGGGCGCAACCCAAGUGCCAAUACUCACACGGACUGCCUUUAUUUUGCGGCUCUGUAGGGUUUUGCUGUGCCGGUGCCUUGAGUCCUGCUUGCAGCUCUGGACUUCGCGUCUGCAGAAGGACAUAGCAGAGUUAGAGAAGGACCCUAAUGGGAAACGGGGCGGAGCAGCAGCGUGCCAGGCGAGGGGGAAAGGCAGAGGUGAGGGAGGACACGGCCCUGCUGCGAGCAGGAGGGGGCAGCACAUGACCUCUAGAGGUCCCCUGCAGCCCGGAUUUAUCUGUGACUCUUCGAAAGCCCCAUGGCGCUGCGUGCCGAGCUGCCGGGCACCAAAUCCUCAAACUGGACUCAGCGGGCACUUAGCUCGAAGGAAGUGGGCUCAACAGUUUUCUUACAGAGCAGGCACUGAACUUCCGGGGUUUGUCGUCCUACGUUGUUGAGGGGUGAACAGUGUCAGCAAAAGGUUUUGGGGUUGGUUUUUUUUUUUUUUUUUAAGGUAAAUUCAGGGAGAAAGUUCCAUAAGGAAAACAGUCACGGUGGUGGAUAGAGGGCGGAGAGAAGGGAGCAGAAGGCAGGGACGCUGCCGGCGGUGUCUGUGGAACGAAGGGCGGAGCUGCCAGAGGCCGGUGGGGGCUUUCCCACAGCGCAGGGCUGCGAGACGGGAUGGCCUUCAGCUGCUUCCUGCAUGGCUGCAGCUCUUGGAGAAGAGGCGUCAGCGUGGGGAGGGGGCUGCUCAGGGAAGUUAUUCAUCACCAAGUGUUCCCCAGCAGAGCUGGGAAAACCACUUCAUCCACUCCCAGUUGAAAAGUUGUGCUUUGGGGUUAACCCUUGUGUGGCUGCUGCAGAGGAUCCAUGCUCUCAUGUCUGGAGAAAAAGUCCUUCAGGGGCUUAGGGAAGCCGGGUGCUGCAGGGAACAGCACAGUGUGUGAGGGUGAGCUGAGAUUGCAGCUGAAAGCUUGGAAACAAGCAGCAGUGCUGUGCUGGGAUGUGGCUGCUGUGCCCUGGCGAGUUCCCUGGGCUUGGGGCACUGAGCAAAGGGGUUUGUGAAUGCAGUGGUUUUAUCCCCGUGCUCCUGAGGGACGUGCUGGGCUCCUGGCCUGCACUGCUCUGAGCCCCACUGGAGCAGAGACCCUGUGUUGGUGCCUUGGGGAGGUGGUGACGCCAAGCACUGGGGUGCUGUGAAAUUUGUGGGGAGGUCACAAGAACGUGAGGAGUCAAGGGCAUCACAGAAUGUUUUCCUGUGGGAAACAAGGAGCCCUGGCAGUGUUCCAGUACGGCCCUGUGUUCCAACAGUGGGAGCAGCAUAGAAGUCAGCCUGCUGCUGAAGGUGAUGAGGGCGAUGCAGGGUGGGGCUGGAGGGGACAGCUGCUGCACUUGCUCCAGGGAAGAGCAAAAACAAUGGGGUGCUGUUGGGUGCCGCAGCCAAAGAGGUGCCCACAAGCGUCCGGGGUCUCUAGCAGGACGCUGCAGAGGUGCCUCAUCCGGACCAGGGACAGGCUUUGUGCCUGAGCCUUGUGUUAGAGUUGUCUGGCACAAGGGAAUUGGGGUGGCUUUGUGCACAACACCAAGGAAAUAAAAUGUGUCUGUCUCUUUCUGCAGCCCACCGAGGCUGGGACAUGCCUGUGUUUGGGACUGGGGAGCAGGAAAGCUGCCUUGGCGGCCAAGGAGAUUGAGUCCUUCCUCUACAGGUGUUUGUUUCCCAGGGCUCGCCAAGUCGGCACCGGGGCUUGGUCGGCUCCAGGCAGCACAAGGAGGCCAGGAAGGAUGCUGAGCUGUUUUGGGGGAGCCAUGGUGAUGCUGUUAAUUGGGUGCAUUUUGGAAGACAGAGCUCUCCCCCCGGGGCUGGCACGAGCCGGGGCUGUGCCCAGUGUGAGGCAGUGCACGACCUGCUCCCGUCCUGUGGCUUUGGGGAGCAGGAAACAGUGGAAGGACACAGUUACCUUCCCAGAGCGAUGCACAGCCGUGGCUGCAGCACACCUGGGACAGCAAACUGCCCCAGUGGCACCCAGAUCUCUCGUGAGGCCCAGCUCCCCUCCUUGCUGGUUCCAGCCAGGCCCCUGCCAGCUGGCACAGGCUCCCUGCUCCUGUCCUUGUGCCAGCCCCUCUCCCUGUGUGCAUGUGAGUGCCUGUGUGCUGCUGCUGCGAGCAGGGAAGCCUGGGAGGGAAAGAGUGUGGGAAGGGGGAGAAGGCAGUGUAAUUUAACUGGAAAAGAAGUGUAAUGUGCCAUGGGCUGGAAGCGGUGAGCCCCAGAACUGGGGAUAUCCUGCGGUGACAGGGUGCUUUGCUUGGGAGUGUGUUAGUGACACCUUGAGCCAGCUCAGCAGCCUGGCUUUGGAAAACUGAGCCGUGGGAUGAGAAGGUCAGGGACUGAAAAUACCGUAGGGAUGGCAGGAAGGGCUGGAAGGGAAGGAAAACACACACCCUGCUGAGAAAUGUGGUCUUGAGGGGCAUUUUUUGAGCCAUGGCAGGAAGAAGCCAGAACCCAAGGAAGGCUGUUGUGGUGGACUGCACAGUAAAAUGGCAGGGAGCAGGAGGGGCUCCAGGACUGGGACAUGGAGCAGUGUUCCAGUCAGGCACUCAACCUGGAAGAGCAGCAGCCUGGAGUGAGGAGCACCAGAGCCAGGGCUGAAGCUGGGACGGCUGGAGAGGCAAUGAGUUCAUGCUGGCAGCCCCUGGCUGCCCAACGCCUCUCGUGUCCUCUCCAGGGGUCUGGCACAGAGCAGCUCCCCGGCAGCCUCUGGGUAAAGCCAAGCCGGGUCUUGGGAGAAAAGCACACCACCAGACUGGGAAUCCAGGA